CGUCAUCUGUUAAUAUUAACCGUAGUAAAUUCCACCCGGGUUUAACUUGGUUUUUCGGAUUCAGCCAUUGAUUGUAAGGAGGAAGCCACCAUGGCUUCAAACACAGUAGAUAACCUUGACUGUAAAAAUGAUGUCUGGAAAUCAUUCAAGGUACCGGAACUUUUAACCUUACGUAACUAAAUAUUCCAAUCGAUUUUAGUAUACCACGGGUGUAGACAAAUAAUUAUGCAGCUACGAGUUUUCGAGGCCGAUCAACGAACUGCUUCUACAGUGAAAGUAGAAACAAACAGUAAGAGCCAUGUUUUUGUUUCAUUUUGGUCGAGUUAUUUAGGGUUGCUGUGAUAAAUUAUCAUAGUUGAUUAACCUUUCAAAAUGCCACGCAGACACUACUGUAAUAUAUGUAAACGACGAUUACAAUGAAAAGCGAAAUUUGACUGGAUUGUUAGGAGUAUAACUAGAAAGGAUCUUGGGCCCCGUUUUGGAGAAAAAAUUCCGAUUUCAUUAACUUAUGAGUUGAAUUCAAUCACCAUUAAAAUGAAAAGAACUGAUCUUUCAAACUGGAGGGAAGCGAUUUGUAGAUCUGUGUUGAGGCGUAUCCCAAGAAAUGAUACCUAUAUUUUUAGAAGUGUAUUUCUGUAAUCCUUCUCCGAUAUCGUGCGAAUGAGUCUCUGCUACAAUAAAGUGUCUCUUGUCUUUUUAAUACUUUCACUACUAAAUACUCUUAAACAAAGAAAGCAAUCAAACAUGAAAUUAAAGCAAAUCUAUGUUAGAUGUCACGGAAUCACGCAUUCUAUUGUAUCUGCUCGUGGGAGUCUGGGAUCCAAACAAGUUGUAAUUAACUCAUGUAGUGGAGAGAGUCUACCUCUACGAUAAAUAUUUUAUUUCUUGUAUCCUUUGUUAGGGAGUAAUUAGCGUCAUUGCAACGUAGACAUAUCAUGGUAAGCCGUGAAAUGCGAUGGACUCGUGUGAAUGUUCUUUUUCUGUUGCGAGCAAAGUGGUGACUGUGUUUGAUUAUUCGUUGUUUCAGACGACAUCUUCAGAUCAAAAGUCAGACCCUGUGGUCGAGUUCAAAUCUCUCGCUCGUAGAGAUGCCUUUGAACGAAUGGACUCUGAAUUGAAGAUUUUACUUGAAACAGCACCAGAAGACAAGAAGGAGGUAAUGUCUCUCUGAACUGUAUCUGUAGAGCUUUUAGUGUUGCAAACCACCUUCAAAGUUUUAAAUCUAAACACAGCUGUGCAAUUCAGAGGUAGUGUAAACACUGACACCGGCUUAUCACGGCUUAACAUGUAACUGGAGAUAAUUAAUUCUUACCAGUGUCCAAAAUGUGAAUUAAGGGAUGCAUAGUCAUAAAGAUAAACAACUUAUCCCAUCAGAGGAACAGAAAGUUUCUCCCGAUAUUAUACCUCGGGUACAAAGACUUCAAAGCCAUACCUCAAUAUUGCCUUACCUUCCAAAGCAUUUGUUUUUCGGUAUAAGUUUAUUCAAGGUAUAUAUCUUUGAUAUAGGAUGACCUUUGCCUUCGUUGCCUAUGAUUCGAGAAAUCGAGAAAAGUUUGAAAACACACUCACAAGUGGAAUAUAUGUUUGAUUUCAUCCUAAGAUCAUUCAAUCAAAACAAUCCAAUUAAGUCUUUGCCAUGGUUAAUUUAUCUACAACUAAUUGAGACCGGAUCUCUGAUUUCAGCCAGUUAAAAAUGUGCAUUUCGUUUAAGACGUUUCGAAUCAAGAACGUAAUUUUCAGAAACAAAAUGUUAUCAAUCCAGGGUUUUCGUCAAGAAAUCCAAAAAGCUAAGGGAAAUAUUUUCAAGUAACAAGAGGAUAUUAGUGAAUGAAUAAAUUGCUCAGGUCAUUGAAACUUAGCCAAAGAAUUCUGCAUGGUGGUGGAGGAAUAUUUCGUCUCUGCCAGUGAGAGGAUUCUUGCAGAAAGCCAUAUAAACAGCUGGUUUACCAUAAUCCUUUAACACAAUCCUCAAAAUGUUGGAGACUUUCAAGAUGCUGGAUUUUUUGUUUGCUUUCUAGGAAGCAUUGAAGAAUAUGAAAGGCUUCAAAGAGUUGUUUGGCAGGUAUCUUGAGGAAGAAGGUCCAUCAGUACUCUGGGACAAAAUCAAACCUCCUCCCGAAGGAUCUGUGAGUAGAACAUUCAUGAACUAUCUAUACAAAGAUUUAGGGAUUACAUCUAGUUGGUCAUGCUUUCUGCUGAGAAGAUUCUUGACAAUGAUAUGACGAUGAUUCUUAUGUCUCUGUUCGUAAUUGUAAAAAGUGUUGAUAAGAUGAUUUAAGAUAACUCCAAUAUAACACUUCUUGUGGCAUCCAAUAUUUGUUAAUAAAAGAGUGGAUAUUGAUAUGUCCAACUGAUCUAGCGCACUGGACGUACAUUGUUGUGUAUUGGAUUAUUGAGUCAGUCAGGAGACACUCAUUCUUUCAUUGCUAAAUCUACAUUCUGUCUUUAUUCAACAAUCAACUAUCUAUAAUCCUAGUACAGUCAUCCUAAUUGGUUACAGUGCUUUUACAUCACUCAGCAGUAAGACAGUAUGUUCUCUAAUGUUUUAUAUAACAAUCUAACCUUUAGAUUGUCAUGUACGAUGCAAUACCAGAGGUUCCAGCAAGCACUUUUAAGGAAGUCCUCAAUAAACUUGUGGUGAUCAAGCUUAAUGGAGGUUUGGGUACAAGUAUGGGAUGUACUGGACCCAAAAGUCUUAUUUCCUUACGUCGGGAUUUAACCUUCCUUGACAUGAAUGUUCAGCAAAUUGAGGUAACAAAAAUUAUGCUUGAAAUGAAAUGUGACAUGCUUCAAAAUCAAUUACAUUAACCCUUUCACUCCCAAGAUCUGAUUCAUUAAUAAUUCUCCUUACUGUCUGCUAUACAAUUCUUGUAAUAUUAGUUUGGAGAAUUUGGUUUUGGAUCAACUCAUAAUCCCUUAGUUUAUAUAAUUCUUUAUUAUCAUCACUUGUUUCCUUGAUAUUGUAUUGAUAUUGUAUGGAUAUUGUAUAGAGAAGUUCUGUCCUGGUCACUCAUGGGAAUUACAAGGUUAAGACUACAAAUUCUAUUGAACUUUUGAAACAGUUAAUGAUGGUUUUUAUAUGUGGACUUUUUGAGACUUUCACUCUUGGGAAUAAUUAUUGUUUAAAUUCUCUUUGAAAUUUUUGAAUUUCAAAUUUCAAAUUUCAAUGACUAAUGAAGUAUGAAAUGUAAAGUAGCGAGAUAAAAUGAGAGGACAGAGGGGAAAAAAUCAGAGUAAUGGGUGGAUAGUUUAUUGAGCACAAAAAAAUACCAUUCAGAAGUUGUAAUUGUCUAUCCUAAUGAUUACAGUGUGUUUAUUCAAAAUAUCAGAUCAAGAAUGGCCUCAGUGGAAAAAUAUUUUGGAAAAGACUUCUUUUCAAGAGGAUAUCUAUUUCAAAAUAACUUCACUCUCUACACCAUUACAUCAAAAUCCAUAUUCUCCUAACAGUUCCUUACAAUUUCCCUAUGGCACACAUAAACUUUACACAGAUAAUUUGUUUCCCAGUGCAGAGCUUCUUGACAAUCAUUUCCCUUAUUCCAAUGACACUGAUGUUUGAUUUAAAAGUGACAAUGUUGGGAGAAAUUAUAUGCUAAUCACUUUUAGGAAUUAAAAGGCUCUGUGAAAGCACUCCCUGGUUAUUUGUUGGUAGUUUUUAGAAAGGAGAGUUACAAAACUCCAAAGGUAUAUAAAAUCGCUAAGUUUAAGAUAUAUGAUUCCUGCCUUUCACUUUUUCUUUCACAGCAUUUAAACAACAAGUAUGGCUGCUCUGUUCCACUUGUCCUUAUGAAUUCUUUCAACACACACGAAGAGACUCAGAAGACCUUGAGGAAGUACAAAGCAAAUAACGUUUCAAUUCACUGCUUUAAUCAGAGCCAACAUCCCCGCAUUGUAAAGGAGUCUCUGCUCCCCUUACCUAGACUCAUAGGAGCUCAGAAAAAUGAGUCAAAUAUUGAAUGGUAAAUAAUAUCAGAUACAUACAUUAGAUUACAAGUAUAGGCAGAGGGAAUAUGUAUCCUAGUAGAGAGUUUUUUGAGGGAUUGAAAUUCCCAGCAGGUGCUAAUUUAUACCUUGGAAAAGGUCUUGUUACCUCGAAUAAAAUUGAACCACAAGUUUCAAAUCUGAUACAUGCACUGUAUUUCUUUUCUCAAACAGCUGGUACCCUCCAGGUCAUGGCGAUAUUUAUGGCUCAUUCUACAACUCUGGUCUUGUCCAAAAAUUCAUUGAUGAUGGCAAAGAGUUUAUAUUUGUGUCAAAUAUUGACAACUUAGGAGCCACUGUAGAUGUAAAUAUCCUUUAACACUAUUGAAAGUUUGCAGAAGUGUGACAACACAUUCAAACAGGGAGUAUUUUCCUCCUCCCCCUCCUCAAUUUUUGGUAGCAAAUUUCAAGACUAGACUCUUGGGGGAUAAAUUGAAAUCUGUUUAGAAAAAGGUUCACACUUUUCCCAAACCAUUUUGCCUUAACCAAAAAGAACCAUGAUGCUACAUUUGAUGUGACACUCUUACUUGUUUCCCCUGACAAAUGGAAGUUGUCCCUCUGUCCAGCCCUCUAAUUCUUCCCUAAAACUGCCACCGUUUGUCACUAAUGAGAAUGGCACAGACCAGAAAAUUGGCUGUCUGGAUUUGAGUCAUAACUGAUAUUUUGCUAGACACACAAGUUUCUAAGGUUAUUAUUUAUGUAUAAAGGGGGUAUGUUUCUAAAGAAACUGUGGUGCUGCAUCAGUGGAAGAGUAUAACUGUGUAAUUCAGUAUUAUCAACUGAGUUGAUGAGGUAAAUUGGCCACUGUUUAGAGUUUCAAAGCUGAUAUUUCAAGGGUUACCCCUUUGUCAAAGGGAAAGACAAAGGACUAACAUUGAGGGGAACUAAAUUUUCUUUGACUGUGUUCAGAUAUUUUAAAUUGUGUUGAGAGAAACCAAACUUUCUUUAACCAUGUUCAGAUAUUUUAAAUUACAUGUUAAAUCCUUUGCGAUCACCAGCUCCUGAGUUUGUCAUGGAAGUCACUGAUAAAACACGGGCUGAUGUAAAGGUAAGGAAAAGCACUCUUAACACUUAAGUCAUAAGUGAUAAUUGCAUGAAAAAUCCAGAAAUCCAGCUAUGUAUUUUGAUGUGCAUUUAUGGCAAGAUUAAGAGAGUAAUUUUCAUUUUCACAGGGAGGAACCCUCAUAGAAUAUGAAGGAAAACAAAGACUUUUAGAAAUUGCACAAGUUCCUAAAGAACAUGUUAGUAAAAAGGUCCUUUCUUUUAAUUUACUAGAAUAAUUUUUUUUUCAAUGUUCUUCAAUGCACAUCACUUAACAAUUGGUUCAUACGUCAGUGUGUUUUCAUCAAGAUAUGAAGCACACGGGAAGUUUGGAGAGCACGAAAGAUGUGUAAGAGUUGCUCAAGGUGUAGCCGAGAGCAACUCUAGCUUCUUGAGUGCUCUCCAAACUUCCCAAGUGCUUCAUAUCUCAACGGACACAAGCUGACGCAUGAACCAAUUGUUUUAUAACAUUUUCAAACCGAUGGAAAAUUUUUUUUCUCAAGGGAUUUGUUUGCUGACGUCAUGAGCGUGCACAAUAGGAAUAUGAAGCACGCUCGUGCAAUUGAAUUUGAUUAGACAAAUUUACCAACCAUGUUAUAGUUGUCAAAUUGCUGAAAUAAGUGGCAUGUUUCUUUUGUGGUAUGUUUGCACACAGAGAGCAGAAACAUUUAUGCCAUGUUACUUUGUAAAUUAUCUUAGCUCUUAAAAAAUCUAAAGGAACCAUCAAGAAUUAGAUUUUAAAAAAACUUAGUAAUGAGGGUAUGAUCUUCAGAGUAAACUGCAUAUUUGAAUUAAGUUAAAUGGUCUGAAAAUUUCAGGAGUUUAACAGGAUAUGUUGUGGUCAAUCUGAUGCUUAAGCCAACGGAGAUAUAAAGUCACUGUUGUUGGAAUUAGGUUCCCUCUGGGCCCAACUUUUCUUCUGGAAGACGGAGGUAGUAAAUGUAUCUAAGAAUAAAUCCCAAGUUGAUAUGAUUAAAUGAAAAUCUAUUUUUUUAGGUUGAUGAGUUCAAAUCAGUUAACAAAUUCAGGUAUGUUUCAUUCAUUCUAUGGCUAAUUCUUGUCCAAACAAAUUCUGGGGAGAGGAAAAAAUAGUUGUUAAAGUGGUUUAAAGAUACUAUGUGUUUCUGUAGAUUAAAAAUCAAGUGUUAUUUAUUCAAGUGGUACUUUUGUUUUUUCGUGGUUAGAAUUUUCAACACCAACAACUUGUGGAUGAAGUUGACUGCAAUUAAGAGGCUUGUUGAGGAAGACAAGAUGCACAUGGAAGUGAUUAUCAACAACAAGGUGUGGAUCUACUUAGAUGUGAUUCAAUUAUUCAAACUAGACUGUUUAGUAGGUUUAAAACCUGGAAAAGUAUCAUAUGUGAGGAUCUGGCAGUCUUUGCCAAUGCUUUGGUCAUUCUCAAAAAAGAAUAAGCACCCUGCCCCCAAUAAUUGCUGCGCCCUGUUCCAAAUAAGUGCCCUCCCUGUAGGUAACCAAAGUAAAUAAGCCCCCUGGGCACAAAAUCGAAUCAUUAUGGUAAGCACUGUUUAUGUCAAGAGUGAGUGAGGGACUGGCCACUAUUUAUCACCCAGGGGAGGUUGGAGGAUUUUGGACAUGUCACAAUAAUAUUUAACUAACCACCCACUCCCUUCCAUAAAUAAGCCUCUUUAGUAGUCUAAUGAUUCCUUUAAACUCAGUUAGAGACAACUGAUUCCCCCUAUGUUCCCCUUGAAAACCACGUGAUCACCCCAGAGGAGCUACCUUGUAGAUGGUCUGCAUGGGAAGUCAAACGAGAAAAGAAACUCGCUGUUUCUCUAAUUUUCGUCGUAUUUGUACCAAUUAAUUUCGAGGUCGAAACUUCCGGACAGUCGUUGAAUUCUGGAAUGGGGAUGGAGAAUGCUUGUCACUCUUGGAGGUUUCAGUUGACUUUAAAGCAAUUGCAAGACUGAAAGCAAUUUAUCAGUCAAUUUAUGACAUCUAAAGUCAAUUUAUUUCAUGCUAUCUCUCUGCCCUUCUAGACCCUUGAUAAUGGAAUGCGUAUCAUUCAAUUGGAGACUGCUGUGGGUGCUGCUAUGAAAAACUUUGAAGGAGCUCAUGGUAAGAGUGAAGGGUGGUGUAGGGGUAGUUUUUGUCAACUCCACUCCCCUCCCCACUCCUUCCCCCUAAUAGAAUACUAAGCGAAUCACAAGCUCAUUAUUUAUUUCUUUGGUGAAACCUGCUUCGUCCUCUCUCUGCCUGUAUAGGUAUUAAUGUACCACGUAGACGUUUCCUCCCAGUCAAGACUUGUUCAGAUCUACUGCUGGUGAUGUCGAACCUGUAUGACAUGAAACACGGUCGACUCGAGAUGAGUCCGCUGAGACAGUUUCCGUCUGUGCCCAUAGUGCAGCUCAGUGGUGGUUAUUUUAAAAAGGUGCGUGGACAGAAGUUUAUAUUAGAGCUUGUCUCCGUCUGCAUUCUUUAAAUCAUGGAACACAUGCCGCUAUCAUUUCGUUGUCUUGCUUUUUUGUACUCAAUUUCGGCAAAGUUUCUGUCAUUAUUUAAUUUUAUUUUUUUAUCAAUAGGUGAAGGAUUUCUUGAAUCGGUUUGAGACCAUUCCCGAUUUAAUUGAACUGGAUCAUUUGACAGUGUCUGGUGACGUCACGUUUGGCAAAGGAGUGUCUUUGAAGGUAGGUCGUCACACAUGGAAGGAUGGUCUUCACAAUGUGUGCCAAAUUGUUAAGUUCAAGUGUUAGUUUGUACAAAUUUUCCCUACAUCGCUCAGUCAACCUAUCGUAAAUUCCAUCGUUGCAAGGCAAACAUUUGAAUGGAUCUGAUUGCACCCGUAAUUUGCGAGCAUUUGCACAAUAUUCUCUUGGUGAAAAUUAUUGCUGCCAUCUUUGUUACGGCAGUGGAAGGCAGGGGAGGAAAAUAAAUUUUUAACAAUGGGGUGAGCCACGAUCAAAAAAAAAAAAAAAGAGAGAGAGAGAGAGGGGGUGUGGCAGUGAAGUCUCCUCGACUUCUCUCCCCCCACCCCCUCCACCCCCGCCCUCAUCCUUUCCACUGCAACUCUCCCCUCCCCUCCUCAUCCCUUCCACUCCAACACCGUCCACUCCAACUCUAAAUCAAUAAUGGCCUUUUGGAUAUACAGUCGCAAGCUUGCAAGGCCAAUGCGCCCUAAAAAGACGCCUGCAUGACAGGCUUGAUUGUGCCUGAUGAUUUUGUGGUGUUUUAUUUCGUUUUUUUCUUUUUUUUUCUUUUCAUUUUAACAGGGAACAGUUAUAAUCAUAGCCAAUCAUGGGGAAAGGAUUGAUAUUCCUUCAGGUUCACUUUUAGAAAACAAGAUUGUUUCUGGAAAUCUGAGAAUUUUACAGCAUUAACAAACAGGAAAAAAGCUUAUUACGUAUUUUAUCAGUUACCGAUAAUGUUGACUGUGAUUUUUCUCGUUAUAUUAAUCGUAAAAAAUAUUUAGCCUGUGUUUAACUGUCAGUUGGAGUAAACGAGCGAGAAAAUGAGCGCGCGAAAAAUGGCCAGCAAGCUGAUGCGACGGUGGUGUUGUCAGGGAAACGACUGUGUUGCAGUUUUUUCGCGCGCCCUAUUUUUCGCUCGUCUCCAAUGAGCCUGGGAUAGACUGAAAAAUAUUUCGUCUGACUCGUGACGCUACAGGUGCGAUUGCGUGAUGCCGUGUUAGGAGUAACGUUUUCUGCACUGUGUUAUGAAGUGUGGUUUGUAAUUGUUAGUCAGUGUCUAGUUCACAUAAUAAUGGGUAAAUAUUGAUUGUAGUAGUUUAUUUAAGGUUUCUAGCAACUGUUGUAAAACAACAUAUGACCAAAAUAUCGAGUGCAUUGACGUUUUCAACAUUACCUUUAAACAUCCUUACAAGGCGGGUUAUGAUACGGAGUAACACUAGUUAUUACAGUGAUCAGGGCAAUCGUAGUUGCUUCAUUUGGGUACCUUCAACACUUGCUAGUUUGCAUGCCUAGCGGUGAUCUGCUCUAAUUUUUUCCACCUUUUACAACGAGCGACAAGAUUCAGAACAAGAUCACGAACAACAUUCUUGUUUCUUUUUUUUACCUCGAUAUCAAGUCAAGCUCGUUAGUUAUGACUCUUAAAAACCAUGACACAAGGAGAGGACAAAAUUUGCUUUGUGAGGAAAAAUUAUUACUUAAACUGUAUCUGUUGCAUGAAGCCCAUUCCCUCUCAUUUCACCUCAUGUCCUCAAUACAUUUAGAGGAUGAGGCAGAAUUUGGCAAGAAUUUCACCCUUUCUCGAUUAAAGCUUUCUAUUAUCUGUUGACAUCGGCAAAAUCUUGGGACCUUGAAUGUACGUGGAAAUCACAUAAAUUGUGAACAAAUUCCCUACAUAUGGUAGUAGUGAUAAUAUAUUUAAGCACACUACUUUAUUUCUCUGCUUUUGAGAAGAUGUAGGCAAGUACUUAGCUCGG